AGCCCACGGAGGAGUUUUGGCUGUGUUCGUCUUGUUCGCGCAUUGUUGCUCGGGCUGAACGUGCCGGUGCACCACCUUGUUCGGCGCCCUCUGUCCUCAUCUGGUGGCGUCGCGUUUUCCGUUCUACGACCUGCUAAGCCUUUCACUUACUUUGAGGGAAGACUAUGGUGAUUUUUUUCUUCGUGCUAUGAUAGUUUAGAAUCAACUCAGACAAAGUUGUAAGUCGAAGACCGGGCCGGCGCGGGUAGGUAGCUGGCCGGCGCGAAAUCUCGAUCGCAGCACCAGGUUUGUUCUUUAUUUGAGCGAGCAAAUUAGCCACAUCUUGGUCUUGCCUCCAGCAAAGUCCGCGAAACAAGUAGGACAAACAAUGCUCAAUUUCAUUCCGCGGACCCACCCUUCCGUGAGUCUUCUCUACGGCAAGCGACCGUUGCAGAGGAUAGCCUGUGGCUCUUCGUCCCAGCACGUAGAGAUACCAUUGGAAGUCACUGAUGAAGUCGUGAAAGCCGUUGACCCAGAGACAAGGUAGAACAUAUUAUUUUUAUUUGUGAGAUCUUCAUGGAUUUUGCCGCUACUACCGCCGCAGCUAGCGAGAAGAUUGGAAGCGAUAUGUCAUCGGCUUCGUCGAUGUGUGGCAUUUUUACCGCAUGGUUUGUUCAAUUAUCCCCAUGGAAAAAGAAAAACGAACUAAGAAAGUACAACUUUUUUACUUGAUACAAAAACUACAGCUACAUCGGGAAUAAAUACAAUGCGCUGCCAUGGAAAAAGUUUGUGGACAUCAAGCUGGACGCCUCAAAUUUGAUUGACAGUAACGUGAAAUCUGCGCUCACGGAGCUGGAUAUCUUCAAGCCGGUUGCGGACAUGUAUUACAAAUUCAAAUGUUUACUUAUCGUUCUUUUUGUCCACCACUGUAUUGGCGAUUUUCGGAUGGCGAGUGUCGGGUUUGAAGUAGAUGGUGUAGUAUGCACUGGAAAUUGCUGCGAUGUGUUAAUAGUUCGAAAUCAAACCGACUGUCAGGUAUGUCGGGGAGAAAGCGCUGGUAGAACGAACACUCGCCGUAAAAAUGAUGGCUGGCGCAAAGCCCUGCAAGCUUCCCAUGGCACCGAAAUAAACGCGCCCCUCAUCGGACUUAACUUGCUGCACAAACAGAAACUGGGACUGCGUUCUUACUCCACCCUGCAAGGCCAGAUAAAAUACUUCUACGUGCUCGAUCUUAGUACUUCGAUUUGGCGAGGCGCCUAAAAAAACUCAAUGCAACAGAAAAAACAUCAGCGCAUACAUGAGGAGUGC